CAUCUUUUCAACAACUUGCACAAACCAACAUAAAACUAGUCCAACCGAGUGGAGGGAAACUUCUCCCCUUCUACCUUCCCCCCCGGAACAGGUCACCAGGCACAUCACCACAGUAUUGACGAUUAUUACAACAUGGAACAAUCAAUCACGGGGCCAAUUCCCGUCUUGACCCAACCAAAGUCCCCAGCAUUAUUAGCUUUUGCAAGUCAUUAUACGAUUUAAUACUACUAGAAGGAGAAGGACCCAACAUCCAAGCGUGUUCUUAGCCGGCUGCGAGCGGCUGCCGGCUGACCAAGUAGUCCUUCCUUGGACUCGUCAAGCUUUAUAACACGGGUUGAUUUUGUUUCCUAGCUUCAUCCAUCCAUCCAUCUUGGCGAGAGCUACAAUGGCCAGCACCAGCAGCGCGUCCCGUCUCAUGGUUCUCCUCGCCGCUGCGGCGGCCAUGGUGCUCGUCGUCUUGCAAGCUUCGACGGUGUCCGCCGCCUCAUUACCGUCCGGUCUCCCAGAUCCUGACGACCUCAAGCCUCUGCUUUCUCACAACCCAUGGUCGGCGUUCCAGAACCUGUCCGGGUGCCACUUCGGGGACGAGAGGCAGGGCCUGGGCAAGCUCAAGGACUACCUGAGCCACUUCGGCUACCUCCCGACGCCGCCGCCGUCCAACGACUCCAAGUUCAACGACAUGUUCGACGCCGACAUGGAGCAGGCCAUCAGGACGUACCAGCAGAACUUCGGGCUCGACGUCACGGGCCAGCUGGACCCCUCCACGGUGACCAAGAUGAUGUCCCCCCGCUGCGGCGUCGCCGACAUCAUCAACGGCACCUCCACCAUGGCGAAAUCCGCCUCCAUCCACGGCCGGAACCUCUACUCCUACUUCCCGGGAUCCCCAUCAUGGCCGCGGUCCAAGAAGAGCCUGAAAUACGCCAUCACGGCGACCUCGGCCACCACCAUCGACCGUGCCACGCUGAGCCAGGUCUUCGCGCGCGCCUUCGCGCGGUGGUCGGAGGCGACGACGCUCAACUUCACGGAGACGACGGAUGCGGCGGGCGACGCGGACAUCACGAUCGGGUUCCACGGCGGGGAGCACGGGGACGGGGAGGCGUUCGACGGCCCGCUGGGCACGCUGGCGCACGCCUUCUCGCCCACGGACGGGCGGUUCCACCUGGACGCGGCGGAGGCGUGGGUGGCCGGCGGCGACGUGUCCCGCGCCAAGGCGGACGACGCCGUGGACCUGGAGUCGGUGGCCGUGCACGAGAUCGGCCACCUGCUGGGGCUGGGACACUCGGCGGUGGAGGGCGCCAUCAUGUACCCGACCAUCACGUCCAGGACGAGGAAAGUGGAUCUGGCGUCGGAUGAUGUCGUGGGGAUCCAGAGCCUCUACGGGGGGAACCCUAAUUUCAAGGGCGUCACGCCGUCGACGCCCACCAGCAGCCGGGAGAUGGACAGCGGCGCCGCGGCUGGCGCGCUCUCACGGGCGCGGAGCGGCUUCUUCGCUGGUGUAGCCAUGGCCGCUGGGCUCGCGCUGGCGUUGUCGUGGUAGUAGUUUCUCGAUGUUGUUAGUACAACCAUUUUUGCGAGCACUUAUUUAAUUUGCUCUUGAUACGCUUGUUGUUAACUUAGGAUAUAUACGCAGUACUCCCUCCUCUUGAUACGCUCUGUUGUUAACUUAGAUAUAUACGCAGCACUCCUUCCAUUUCAUAAUUCUUAUCUUAAAUUUGCCCAAAUAUGAAUGUAUCUAUUUCUAAAAAGUGACAAGAAUUAUGAAACGGAGGAAGUAAUUAAUUGGA